UGAAGCGCGGCAACAAGAGACACUGUUUAGUAUCGAUGCAUUGGCAUUUUGGACCUGCAGGUCUGCAGCUGACCUCCAUCAUGAGAAUAAGAUGAUCAUUACCGCUGCAGCACACAUGCCAGGCAACCAACCUUCAGCGUCUAUGUCAUUCAAAGAGAACACCGCAGUUAAAUAUCAUCAAUAUCAUUGGCUAGAGAUGGACGCAAGGAUUCUCCAGAAGAGUGUGAUGACUGGGCAAGUCGUUUGUAGACAACUAUCCGUGCCAUCGGUGAAAGAGAUAUCGCCGUAAGGAGGUAAUGGAGUGCCCUAUUUUCGUAAGCUUUGACAUAAGGGAUCUGGAUUCCAUAUAUCGCGCUUCUCGCCUCCCAAAAAGAGCAGACCACAUGAAAGUCAAGAAAGAGAGAUC